UAACCUAACAGCUGAUUAGACGAUAUCAAAUUAAGUAACAACAAAUAUACAUCAUAUAACGGAAAAUAUGUUGUGCCGGCGCUCAUUGUUGGGCGUAACGACAAGAUGCCUAAGACUCUCGUCCACGCAGCAACACAGAUCCAGUCAGCCGGAAAGCGACCAAGCCAUCGGCCUCCUGCCCGCCUACUCGGAUGCAGAUCGUUUAAAGAUCUUGAAGACGAUUAAUGAAAACGGCAUGAAUCAGAUAGCCAACUACGACAUAACCAAGGCGAGGGCCACCAAGCUGCAAAACUGGAAGGACCGUCACGGACCGCUGCAGGAACUCAGCGACAUCCUGUAUGUGGAGGGAUUCGGACUGAAGGUCACCACCAAGUUCUUCAAGAGUCUGCUUGCGUCGCCGAGCAGUGGGAGCGCAGCAGUAGGGGAAAAUAGACCAAAGACUGCACGAGUCGCGCCCUUUAUAACACCGGCCAUGGACGAGGGACAGCGUUCCCGCAUUGCAUCUGCUGUAGGUGUGCGCAUCGGAGUGACCAGUGUAAGUUGGGCGAGAUUAAAGAUCGGGAGCAACGAAGCUCCCUGUUUGCUCACGCACUGGCAGCACCAUGAGCUGAACGACAAGAAGCUGCAUUUGUCAGAACUUUCCCGCCGCUGCCUCUAUGUAUCUCACCAGAUACCGGAGGCCGAUUGCUACGUCAUGGAGAGUCCACAAAUGGCCCAGGCCAGCAGCAACCCAGGGAGCAUCGAUCAACAGAACGUGAACAUCCAGAAGGCCCAGGUGGCCGCAAUCAUGAGCUUCUCGUUGAUGGCCCGUUCAGAUGGUGAUGAGAACAAGACGAACAACGUCUACUACAUGCGACGUUUUCUCUCAGCCCGGCUAUUUAAUCACCUGGUGGGUACUGAGCGCGUGUCGUCCGAGGACACGAUAUUGGCCAUGAUGCGAACCCAUUACAACGUGGAACAUCAGAUCCCCGAAACAGAGUCCCCGUUGGAGCUGCGCAAACUGAUCGACUUUCCCGCUGACUUACGCCUCGUAUUCUCGCAGCAAGAGCGCUAUCAGCGCGAGCUCCUAGGCCAGGCACUUCUCCUCAGCUUAGCCUUUACUCGUCUCGUGCUUCAGCAAGAUCCGGAAAGCAUCGCAUCCGUGUCGCGCAACUCCAAAGACUCUCCUCCAAGUCGAGCCACUUGAAAAGCUACAAGUACACUGUAAUAAUAUGGAUUGGAGUCCUUUUUGCACUUUGUAUUAUACUGACCCAUUGAACAAUU